ACAAGCGGCAACGUUUCACUGAUACCUCCAGUUCAGAACUACUUUGUAUGCGCAGAUUGGGGUGUGACGAGUCAAAGAAGCGCGUCCUCUUCUCUGCCUCCCUCAAGCGGCUCUACGGAACGCGUUGCAGUGCUGGAAACCUUUAUUCUUCCUCCUUCGCCUCGUCCCUUGCGCCAAAUCAGUGGAAAGGUUUUCUAUGUUGGAACAGAUCCAUUAGAGUCACCUUCAAAUGUAGAAAAGGUGGUGAAUGAAGAAGAGGAUAUGGAAGAGAAAAAGGAUAAAAAUUUGGGUCUUUGCCUCGAAAUGGAUAUCCGUCUCUCCUCUGAACACAUUGACGGCCCUUCCAAACUCACUGUUAAAUUUCGUUCUAUGGUUCAGACUAUUGAGGCCUCUCCAACGCCUAUUCUUCCUUCUCCCUCUUCUCUUUCUGAACCGGUCUCAACUCUCAUGCCGUCAGUCGAACAAAAGAUCGCUUUCCUCACAAGUCUGGCAAGUUGGAUCCUAUGGAAACCUUCAAGCACCUCUGCUCAUCAACGCCAGUUGCCCCACGUCACUCCACCAAUAAAUCGGUGGUUGCAUCUCAUUCUCCCACUUGAUACGCAACUUCUUCCCGAGUCUCCUCUUCACUUUGCUCUCUAUGGUCACGCCGGUGUAUGUAUGGACAGUUUACGGGUUACUCGGUGCCUCGCCUCAACGAACCCCAGUCUUUCCUGGCCACCAAAUAACACCCUAAAUCUGGCCCAACCUACACCAUCGGUUCUACUGCUCUCACCGUCUCACAGUGACUCGACUCCUCCCUCCUCCUCAACCUAUCACCCUCUUCUCACUGGAGCCUUCUUUUUUGCCUGUCUACUGAUAAUCCUUAUCACACUGUUAAUUGUUAUAUUUGUGACGUCAAUUGCCUGUGGACGUAGAAGAAACAGGAAGAGGGGUAGAGGAGUGAAUGGAUGUGGAGAGAAAGGUGAUGAAGGUCCGGUGACUUUAACCGGAGCAGAACUUCUCCGUUCACCCUCAAUUUCAUCGCUGCCAGGUGCGGCAGUGCAUCAGCGACCAGUUGAGGAGAUUCUGCACUGUGGUGACGAGGACUUGAUAGAGAAAGCAGAUGAUAUAGAGAUGGAGGAUGAACACCAUACUUCCUCAGGUCAAGGGUCUCUAGACGCCCGACGCCUUCGACUGAAACGACCGCAGCGGCGGCCACCUCGACGCACUCAGAGUGUGGACAGUCGUCUACAGACCGGACAUCAACUUCCGCCCUACGAGACACCGAGGCAGCGACCCAUCAAGCAUGUCAAGAAGCAGUCAUCGUCACAGCAGCAGUCACGGUACCGGCGUGGCCGUGGCUGGCGAUCCAUGGACGCGGAAUCGACAGUAGAAGUUCCUCCCCAAAAUUCCGGCCAAAGACUCUCACUUCUCCUUGCAAUCAAUGAGGAUAAUGAGCUCGUCCUAGUUACUCCAGGAUCUACUAACGCGUCUGCUGAAGAGUUGGAGUGCUCACACUUUUUCCAUUAUUCAUGUUUUGUCGUUAAAUCUUGCUAUGCUUUCACUCUGACAAGUAAACUAUCUUUGUGA